UCCAGCGGGGAGCUCCCCCAGCGCCCUGCAGCCGGCGGCGCCCGCCGCCAGCUCCUCCAGGGACUUGCCCAGCCUGGCCGCGGCGCCCUGCAACGAGCCCAGAAUCGCAGUGCUCGUCCCGCGCAUGCGCACUGCGCCCGCCGUCAUGGCCGCCGCCUGGGCUUCGGGCCCCGCGGUCGCGACCCUGGUGCUGGAGCAGCUCGGAGGAUCGGGGGACCAGGAGGGCUUUCUGCUCGGAGGUGAGCGAGAGGAGCGGGUGGUGAUCAUCAGCGACACUCACCUGAACAACACGGAGCAGCGCACGCACAUCGAGAUCCAUGGCCACCUGCCUUGCUUACGACCCUCCAGUUUUUACGACGGCGUUGGAAAAGUGGACAAGGCCACGGUGGAGAACCUCCUGAGAGAGCACAGCAAGUCUCUCCUUGGCUGGUACCGGUUCCGACGGAACACAUCACAGCAGCUGACGUUCCGUGAGACCCAGGUCCACCGGAACCUGUGCCAGGUUUUGGGGAAACCGGACCUGGUGUUCCUGUUGUUUGGGUUCCUGUCGACCGCCAACCACUCGACCCACGCUCUGGAAUACGUCAUGUUCCAGCCGAGCCGCAGGUCUCAGCCGCGAGUGCCUCUGACGAUCAGGAACCUGGGGAACUUGGCUCAGCAGGACUACCUCCUGUCCGCCGUGCCCAACACCUCGCGGCACUUCACAGAGCUCGCCGCCGAGCACAGUGGGGAGUUCCUGGACGGAGAGGGGGUCGUGCGUGACGUGCGGCGCAUUUUCCAGAUGUACAGCGCGACGCAGGAACGUCUACAGCUGGUGUGCGGUGAGGUAGCGGCGAGCGAGCGAGCGCUGGAAUCUGCACUCUCUGAGGUGGAGCUCCUGCAGAGACUCGUACGGAACAAGGAGGAGGAGAGAGACCGCAAGCGGCGUGAGGAGGAGAGGAUCCGGGAGGAGGAGAGAGUCCGGGAGGAGCAGAGAAUUCUGGAAGAGAAGAGAAUUCUGGAAGAGCAGAGAAUUCGGGAGGAGAUGGUGUGGGAAGAGGAGAGAGUGCGGGAGGAGAUGGUGCGGAAAGAGGCAAGAAUCAGGGAGGAAGAGAGAGUUCUGAAAGAGCAAAGGCUCCGGGAGAAAGAAGAGAGAGUUCGGGAAGAGAAGCGACUUCAGGAGCAGGAGCAGGAGAGAGUGCGAGAAGAGAGAGUGCAGGAGGAGAAGCGAAGACGGGAAGAGGAGAGAGUCGCGGAGGACGAGGAGAGAGUUCAAGUGGAGGCUGCCCCCUCUCCCGACGGCGCUCCCGCUGCACCUCGCCCCCCGCUACCCCCAGCGGCUGCCGCCCCCCCCCUCGUUGCCCCGGGCAAGGAGACCCCGGGGAGGGCAACGCGCGGCCCCGGGGGGUCCCGGGGUGUGGCCGCCGCCACCGCCGGUGCGGCUGGAGCCCCGACUUCCGCGGACCGACGGUCGCCCGACCCUGCCGGGGAGGCGGGCCAGCCCCCCCCCCAGGGGCUUCUGGGAGGAAGCGAGGCGGCCGAGUCGCUCCGGAUUCACGCGGCGGCCGGGGGAACGGCGGCGACGGCGGCGGCGACGGCGCUGCUGUUGAGGCGGGCGCCCGUGGGCACCGGUGAGAGCAGCGGAGACAGCGCCGGCGGCAGCAGCGCCAGCAGCAGCGGCGCCAGCAGCGGGGACAGCGAGACGGAGGGCAGCGAGGCGGAGGGCGACCCACGGUCGCGAGACAGCGCAAAGGACGCGUGAUGCUGAAGGGACGAGGGGGGUGGGGGUGCCGGGAGGCAGA